AUGCAAGUGCGCGACCUGCACUACCGCAUGCCGGACCCUGCCAACGUGGUGCCGCCGAGCUUCCAGCAGCCGCCGCUACUCCCCGGCACACCUGCAGGAAUCACGUACUCCGUCUCCAAUCCCGAGCUCAUGGACAUGCAACGACCCGCAAGUCCCGACUCCUUCACCACUACCGGCCGGCGCCAAGCAUACACCGAUCGGUGA